UGCACCUUGGCAUUUUUAGUCCACCUUCCCCGUUUCAACAGACGGUCACGGCAACCAAACAUGCCAUGACAACCUUGUAUUCUUUGAUUGAAAUAGGUGUUGUCGCACGCGACCAAUUUCCUAUUUUUGUAUCGACAACUCCAACACCGCCAAGUAUACCAAGUAUACCAAGCAUCACCACAAAACAUUGGCUGUGACGCAAGUUUGACGUCUGAUCUUGGCUGUCUCCACGAGGAGGUUCGACAAUAGAAAACAGCCUCCGUAUACUAUUGUUGGGAUGCGACGUGUAUGAACCUUGGGGAAAUGGCAUUGUACGCGCAUAUACAAGUAUGGGGACGAUUUCCUCUGUAUGCCCUUCUUUUCUUUCUCUCACUAUCAUCAACACCAUUCCUUCUCUCUCACGUUUUGUUUCUUGAAGUUUUAGCUACUCAGCUGGCCUGCCUUUGAUUCUUUACGGCCGGACCGUCCUUUACUUUUCCAGACCUUUCUUCCCUUCUCGUCCUUCACAUUUCGAUCUAAAGCCAACUCGCUUCUUCGAUACUUCUCGCAACCAUGCGUUUUCUUCCCAUUAUCCUCUUGGCCGGUCUUGUUUCGACCUCUAUCGCUGCGCCGCAUCCACAUAAGAAUGGGCCAGCAGGCAAGGCCACAGCAGCAACCAAAAAUGCACAGAAGGGGCCCAAGGGCGGAGCUGCCGCGGCAGCAGCUGCGGCAGCGGCUGCUGUUGCUGUUGGGACCGGCACUGCAGCUGUCGCUGCCAAUGGCACUGCUGCCGCCGCUGGAGCAGAGGAGGUAGAGGAUCCAAACAAGCUCGACCUCGCUGGGGUUUUUGGCACAGCCGUUGCCCUUCAAGGUGGCGACAUCCAGCAAGACGUUCUCUUCACCAAGUCUGCCGUGGGCGCCCUUGAGGUAGAGUUCAAGAACGCCGCAGGCCGCACUCUCACCGUCACCGAGAACAAGACUCCGGCCGCCCCACCAACAGGCUUCCAGGCACUAGAGCCAAGCAGUUUCAAGAUUAACUUGGCCGAGGGCGCUGAUGCGUUGACGUUACAGAAGGUGGAUUAUAUCAUUGACGCAACCAGCCCCGACAUAGUCGGCCUCGAUAUUGCCAAUGGCCAGAUCGGCAAACUUUGCACCGAGACAAAUACCUUCGUCAUUGACAAAGCCCUGGGAGAGCUUGAAUUCGAGGCCGAUGAGAAUGAGCUCACCCUGACUGUUACAAACAUGAACGGCGAGUGGGGUAUCUUCGUUCCGGUUGCCGCUGCCAAUGCUGCCGCCGUCGCUGGUGGUGAUGCUGCUGCCAAAGCUGCUGCUGCCAAGGCUGAUGCUGCCAAAGCUGAUGUUGCCAAAGCUGAUGCUGCCAAAGCUGAUGUUGCCAAAGCUGAUGCUGCCAAAGCUGCUGCUGCCAAAGCCGGGGAAGCUGCCGUUGGAGAAGAGGGAGACACCGACGUCGCUGGUAAAUUCAAUAUUGCUGUCGCCACACCAGCCGGAAACCAGAAGACCGAUAUCCUCUUCACGGGUAACGAAGCCGGAAACCUCGAAGUCGAAGUCAACGCCACAGUCGCCAACGCAGUGACGGUUGUCAACGGCAACCCAUCCGGCAACCCUCCCACGGGCUUCCUCUUCGUCGACCCUCAAUCGUUCAAGAUCUCCACCAAGAGUGCGACGGCCGCUACCGAUGUCGUGAAGGUUGAUUACAUCUUCUCUGCCGCGAUCCUCGCUGCUGUCGACCCGACACAAGGGCGCAUCGGUAAGCUAGACGUAGCGACCAACGAAUUCGUCAUUGAUGGCCUAGGAGAGUUCGAGUUUGAGGUUGAGGAGAACGAGUGGAGUCUUACCGUCCCGGAUCUGAACGGCGAGUGGGCCAUUUUGAUCCCACAAGCUGCAGUGUUGUGAGCGGAGGUGUCAAGGAUGGGAUUGGGGUGUUAGGUGGUCUAGUUCCAAAGUUUUGUUUGUAGGUUUUAGAAAAAGGCGGAGAAAAUCACGGGAGUGAUCGG